AUGGCUUAUGAUUUAGGAUUUGUUGUGGUAAUAGUAAGAUCUGACAUAGCUACUGGUGUACGGGGAAGAAAAACGUUCGUCAUACUUGGAUGUGAAAGAGGGGGAAAAUAUAGGAAAUACAAAGCUGAUGCAGUGGCUAGUGUAUACGGCACUCGUAAAUGUGAAUGUCCGUUUAGAUUAAAGGGUAAACCAUGUUCAGAUGGGGCCGGAUGGGUGUUGAAGGUGAUGUGUGGACAUCACAACCAUGAGUUGGCUGAAACUUUAGUUGGUCACCCUUAUGCUGGCAGGUUAAAUACGAGUGAGAAGUCAUUACUGGUUGAUAUGACAAAGAGGUUAACCUUCUCAGCAGCAUUUGCUUUCUUGUCUACUGAAAGGCAGAGUAAUUUCACAUGGGCUUUGGAAAAGCUGAAAGGUUUAUUUUUAACAUCUGAGGGUGGUCCUAAAGUUAUUGUGACUGACCGAGACUUGGCUUUGAUGAAUGCCAUAUCAAUUGUAUUCCCUGAGUCAUAUCAGAUGUUAUGUCGGUUCCACAUCCUUAAAAAUGUUAAAGCUAAAUGCAAAAUGUUAGUUCAUUCUACUGAGGUUUGGGAAGUGUUGAUGGAUGCAUGGGAAAAUGUGAUGGAUUGUGCUGAUGAAAGCUUGUUUGCUGAGUAUGUGAAUGGUUUUCAAUACGCAAGCAGUUCAUGGCCUUUGUUCUUUGAAUAUGUGAAUCAGACUUGGAUUAUUCCGUACAACACAUACUUUGUAAAAUUCUGGACGAACAAAGUAAUGCAUUUAGGGAACACAACCACAAAUAGUAUUCAUAACGUCAUUAUCUUACAACACAACAAGAUUAAAGCGUCAUUUGAAAGUAAUUUGUUGCUCAGGAGUGACCAUUUUAAAGGCUACAUAUAUAGAGAACUUAUUGGGCGUGUGUCUCGAUAUGCAUUGGAUCUCAUUGCUAAGGAAUUGAAAAUAGUGCAGCAGAUAGGAUUGGACUCCUCAAAGUGUGGAUGCGUAUUGAGACGUACAUUUGGUGUCCCAUGUGCAUGUGAAUUAGCACGAUAUGAUCCUAGGAUGAUCCCUAUAGGUGAAUUUCAUAUCAUGUGGCGAAGAUUGCAUUUCUCAAAUGUUGAAUUAAAUGAAACUAAGCCUCAGUUAUCCAUUAAAGAUGAGUUGAAACAAGUAGAAGAACGAUUCAAUGAGGUUGACAUUGGCGGUAAAGUCACCAUCAAGCAGAAGUUACUUGAGAUUGUUUGUCCUACAUUGACAUCAAUGGUCCCUCCAUUACAUAAAGUCAAGACAAAGGGUGCACAAAAAAGUAAAGUUAAACGAAGUGAAAGGUCUACUACGCGGGAUCCAUCAUAUUUUGAGUAUGUGGACGCCUUUCAUUCAACCAUAGAAUCUUCAUCUGUGAGAAGUAAAUUACAAUCAAAGCCAAAAGCAAUGAAGAAAAGGAGAGUUCCAAUGAUAGACCAGUUUCAUUCUACUACUCACCCCUUCAUUGUGGACGUUGUUGAUGUUGUGGCUGAUGGUCACUGUGGGUAUAGAUGCAUUGCUGCGUUGUUGGGACUCGGAGAAGAUUCAUGGCCCGUUGUGAGGAAUGAGUUGUACAAAGAACUCAGUGCAUGGCGUGAUGAAUAUGCAAGCCUAGUAGGAGGCUAUGAUAGACUAGAAGAACUGAGGACCUCUUUAUUGGUGAAGUCACUGUCCGCGGCUAACAUGAGCAAGUGGAUGACAUUACCAGACAUUGGUUAUGCAAUUGCUAACCGAUAUAACGUUAAGCUACAAGAAGGUUGUCCGUUGCCCACGGUGAAUAUCAUGUCCUCAACCCACUGUUAUCCUGAGGCACGAGCGUGGUCAUCUAUUUAUACUAGUAGGAUGCGCGCAUUUGAACAGUUGAUGGACAUAACAACAUCUUAUGUUGACUUAGGUGAUUCAUGA